AUGACUAAUGAUGGGAUCGAGGUGGAUCCAAAGAAGAUUGAGGCGGUUCAAUGUUGGCCUAGACCUUCUACAACCACAGAGAUCAUGAGCUUUCUAGGUUUGGUGGGUUAUUAUCGACACUUCAUGGAGGGCUUGUCAUCUAUUGCAGCUCCAUUGACCAAGUUGACUCAGAAGGGCACUCUGCUCAGAUGGUCCGUUGAGUGUGAGGAGAGCUUUCAAAAACUCAAGACUUCUUUGACUACAUCUUCUGUUUUGGCAUUGCUCUCAAGAUCAAGGUUGUAUAUGGUCUAUUAUGGCGCUUCGCAUGUUGGUCUUGAGUGUGUUUUGAUGCAGUCCGGUAGAGUGAUUACCUAUGCAUUGUACCAGUUGAAGCCUCAUAAGAAGAACUAUAUGGUACAUGAUUUUGAUUUAGCAGCUAUUGUUCAUGCGCUCAUGAUUUAA